GGGGGGGGGAUUUAAACAAUGUAAGGAGGGACAUGAUGACUUCCCUUUUACGCUUACUAUGGCGCUUUUACCACAUGUGCCACAAAUGUCUAUUAUUUACCUAAAACCGGAAUUUUAACUUUUACUACCUUGCGUUUUUUGUUUUUAUCUAUAUUUCCAAUGCUUUUGCUGUAGUGGUCAUCUGCGUUUAAAUAUUAAUUUUAUAUUUUUUGUUCCAGAAAGAUUUGCAUCACUGUAGGAUAUUGGUUAAGGGCCUCUACCAUUACAAUCCCAAUGUGUAACUAAGUAAUAAGUAUUAAUCACAAGGCCCAUUGUUAAACAUGAACAAUCGGGGGCAGUGUGUUAAAGGGACAAUCAAUAGAAGAUGACUUGCUUUCAGUGUGGCCAUGGGGAGACGGCUAUAGUUUAGUUCGUUAUUUUUCUUGUAGCCGAUAAGAGGAAGUGUUUAGGGAACAACACCUGCCUUGAGCAACAAAAGGGGUUGGGCACACCGUGACUUCCCCUCGCGUUCACUGUGAACACUCACGGCAGUCUGCUUUCAAAUCCUCCCUCUCCUUUCUUAUAAGCCAUAUAAUAUAUAUAUUAUAUGUUAUAUUAAUUAUAUUAACGAAAUGCAACUUUUCUUUUCGAAGCAUGACGAAUCUGGGCUUUUUCUGUAUGCACACACACAGAAUGGCAUAUUUUAAGAUUGUCUGAAUCUGUGACGGGAUUCUGGACGGGGGGAGAAACGGUGAAAGCAUGACGUCUGAGAGAAAUAGCAAAGCCCUGAAGGUCAAGAGGGAGUGCGGCGAGAACGUGCCCAUCCUUUCGGACAGCGAGCUCAUGUCGCUGUCGGUGCGCGAGCUCAACCUCCACCUGCGCGGGCUCUCCCGCGAGGAGGUGCAGAAGCUGAAGCAGCGCCGGCGCACCCUGAAGAACCGGGGCUACGCCGCCAGCUGCCGCGUGAAGCGGGUGUCCCAGCGCGAGGCCCUGGAGCAGCAGAAGAAGGAGCUCCAGCGGGAGGUGGAGCGGCUGGGCGCCGAGAACGACGGCAUGCGCCGGGAGCUGGAGGGGCUGGGCGCGCGGCUGGCCGCCCUGCAGCGGUUCGCCCGCGGGCUGGAGUCCGGCGGGGGCAACAUCCUGGCCACGGCGCCGCGCCUCAACACGGCCUCGGUCAUCACCAUCGUCAAGAGCCCCGCCCAGCCGCAGACACAAAGAGAGCAGGGGGGCUCCUAGGAGCAGGAGGAGGAGGAGGAGCUGGAAUGGAACAAGGAGAGGGAUACCCCGAGCUCACGCUCACACUCACACACGCUCACACUCACACACGCUCACACUCACACACGCUCACACUCACACACACAUAUACACACACACACGCACACACGCGUGCAGAGAUACACGGCGAGGAGGAGGGAGGCGGACGAUACAAAUGAUAAGCACUUACGAAAAAACGCACUUCAUAUUCAGUUGUAGUGAUCUCAGGCUCCGUCGAAACACACAGCACUUGUACACACAUGCAUACAUACACAUACACACACACACACACGCGCACACAUCUCCCAGUCAUUCCUGGCUUGACCCGUGGGCCGGGGCGGACUCAAACAGAGGCCACGCAGCUGAGCUCCCGCGUCCCAUCCCUUGACAACGCCGAUCGUGCCGCCAGCGCUCAUGUUUGUCCCUGUGUGUACGGCCAUCUGUACGGCUGUGGUCUCUGUCUCGUUUAUCUAACCGCUCCCCCCCCCCUCCCACGCACCCCGUAGAACAACAACAACAAUACAGCUGGAGAGAGGGCAGACGUCUCGGUCAACGCCUCCUCCUCUUUGCUCGUCACCGUCUGCGAUCCCCACUCCCUCGUGUGUCCACAGAUCCGUCUGGGUCAACUAGUCAUUUUGUUGCUACAGGGCUGAAAAAGGGGGUGGGGUGGGGUUGUGUACUUUUUUUAGACAGUUUUGGUGUGUGUCUUUUUUUUGUUUUUUUCAAAUACAGACAGGAAUGAAUACCGACUCGCUGAAUACGGACCAGACUAUGCGCUUCAGUUUCCCCACACACUGUACAACCAUUCUCUCGCUGUCAGUGUGUCUCAGUAGUCUCUUCUAGUUUGGGUUGGACAAGCAAUACUCAGUGGUGAAGGAAUGGGUGAAGGAACCGUUGAGAAGGAGGGUUUGAUUCAUGGAUUGCCCAAUAUUUUCUUUUGUUUUUUGUUUCAAGAGGUCCAGACCACAAAUUCGUUCUGUGUUUAUAUGUAUGGAGUCUAGUAUUGUCCAAGUGCUGAUUCAUUGUACUCCCUUUCACUGUCCAUAGGUAUUACUGUGCUUUUAAUUGUAUGUUUAGUCUGUUGUGGCUUUUGUAUUUAAAACUAAACUAAACGAAAACGUAAUUAUCUUGGACGGAUGUUGGUCAGUAAGUGACGGCCGCCAUUGAAAUAUGAAGCACUGCGUCAUGCUAAAAGUUAUGCUGAAUCAGAGCAAAAACGGUCCCAAAUUACCAUUUUUCUUUUCUGGUUUGUUUCUUUUUCGAAUCUUUGUAAUUACCUGCGAAAGACGACAAUGUCGAGAGACAUUUACCAGAGCUAUAAUCUAUAUUUUAUUUGUAUUUAAAAUGGAUAUUAUAAAAAAAAGACAAGCUAAUGAGUGCUGUGAUGUUAUGUUUGUUUUUUUGAAAGUACUUGCGAUGUAUGACUAGUUUGGGAUUAUUCUCACCUCUAAUAAUUGUACUUUGACUAAAGAUGAUUACUAUAACUGUUUUGUUUUUUUUAUUACAAAAUGUUAACUGUUAUGAGCAGAGUAGAAAAUGCUAAAUGCCAAUGGCCAUGUUUGCUGUAUGUGGACUUUUUACUUGGUGUGCGCAUAUUUGCCACGUUUGUCCUGAUUUCAUAGUGGCGUCUUGUGGGGAAACCAUUAUUUAAGUACUGAGGUGAUUUAUGAUGUGUAAGUUUGUUUUUGUUUAUUUAUGGAGAAAAAAAAAUUAAGGUCUUUUCUGAAUUGGCAUGACAGCAAGGUCAUGGGGAAAGUUGAACGGUGAACAAAAUGUCUCGGGAUUGCGAAGAGGGGAAAGAUGGAAUGAGGGUUGAAAUGAGGAUGGUGGAACGCGUUGAGGCGGCAGGAAAAAGGUUAGAGAAUGUGAGGAAGAGAUGACAUGAUGUAGAAAGGUGUAAUGGAGGUGGUGCUUAAUUCACUAGAAAACCUUAAUCUGUUGUCUUUCAGUAAAAACUGCUACCCAAGCUCCGCUAGGCUGGGAGGGGAGGACUGGGCCUUUCGAAUAGGGCUAGCAAUAUGACGUUGGAAAGCAGGCAUUGCAACACAUUAUAGUGUGUUGUCAGAUACUCCUUAUUAUAUAUAUGUAAGAGGCGUAUAUUUAGCUAUAUUGAUAUCAGAUGUUGCAUAGCAUUUAUUCUCAGUAAUAUUUUGUCUCAGAUCUGUCAAAUUGUGCUGGAUGUUUUGUAAUACUGCAAAACGAAAAAGAUGGUCUUUGUAUUUAUUACAUGUAUUUUUUCAAUGGUAAAAAAACUUAAAGUACAUUGUCUAUUUUAUAUAUUAAUAAUUAAAAUAAAUGUUGUAUAUAUUGUA